UCUAUGCAUUAAUUCUGCGUUUUGUGCUUUUCUAGGUCUCCAGAGAGAGCCCAAUCCCUGUCCUGUAAUAACUGUAGAGCACUUUAAAGACUCAACCGGUAUUAAAGGCCUUCCCCUGUAUCCAGACCCCUCGAGAGUACCUGGCACGAAAAUGCAGAACAAUUUAGAAUCUGACUACUUGGCCCGAGAUGGCCCUUCAAGCAACAGUUCAUUCCACAGCAGUGAAGAGGAAGGGACUGAUCUCGAGGGGGACAUGCUGGACUGCAGUGGGUCUCGACCACUCCUCAUGGAGUCUGAAGAAGAGGAUGAGAGCUGCAAGCCUCCACAGGGGAAGCUGGGAGGAGCUAUUCUGUUCGCUCAGCCAGAGGUCUCUACUGAGCAAGCAAAGGCAGGUCAGGGUGGCAGAAAGAACCAGUUCCAAGCCCUCCCACAACCAACCACGGACGGUCUCGGGGAGCCGGAUGUUUUUGCCACAGCCCCCUUCAGGAGCUCAAGGGUUCCAGCUGAUGACAUGGAUAUUUUCUCCAAAGCCCCAUUUGCCUCCAAGGGCAGUGUGGCUCCUUCCCAGCCAGAGGAGGCGGACGUGUUCUUGAGAGCUCCUUUUACCAAGAAGAAGAGCAUGGAGGAGUUAUCAGUUGCCCAGAGCGCCUCCCAGGAGUUGCCUGGGCAGGCCAGUCUCCUCAGUCAGACUGAUGAGGUCCCUUUGCUUCCAGGCCUUGAGAGAGCAGCGUAUGCCCCCGUCCGAGCUCAGUACUCCAUGGCUGCUUUCGUCCCGCAAUCUAACCCCCCCUCCCAUUCUGCACAAACAGCAGACCAUCCUGACAGCAUCUCUCCCAGGGGAUCCUCCCUGGAAUCUGGGGGCCAUCCUAAUGACAGAAACAAAGGACCUCAGCCCCAGAAAGAAGCUGUCUCAGGCCCCGUGGCUGGCAAACCAUUCCGCCCCCAGUCUUUAUCCAAAUAUUCCCGUCACUAUAGCCCAGAAGAUGAGUCAAGUCCAGAAGCCCAGCCCAUCGCUGCCUACAAAAUUGUUUCACAGACCAACAAACAGUCGAUAGCUGGCUCUGUUUCCAUCACAUCCCUUUCCUCCAGGACUACGGAGCUGCCAGCCGUGGAUCCAUUUGCUCUAGCACCCUUUCCUUCAAAAUCAGGCAAGCAGAAACCUUAG